AUGCUCACAUGCUCUGAGGUGCACGUGUGUGGGCUGUGCCAUGCUGCACGUGUGUGGGCUGUGCCAUGCUGCACGUGUGUGGGCUGUGCCAUGCUGCACGUGUGUGGGCUGUGCCAUGCUGCACGUGUGUGGGCUGUGCCGUGCUGCAGCGAGCUGGACAACAACCUCUUCUCAGGCCGCCUGGAUUCCUUCCUCACCCCUCUUCUUCCCGUCAAGACCCUCAAAGUCCUUGAUAUCCGCAGCAACCUAUUACAGGGGCGUCUGGACGUGUUCACAACCUAUUUCAGCGCGCUCAAAUCCCUCAAGCAAGCCUACUUCAACUUCAACUGGUUCUCUGCGUCCAUCCCCUCUGCCCUUGUCGGCAUCACCUCCCUCACAUCAUUCGGUGCGAGCUACAACUACCUGUAUGGCCCCGUGCCCAAGCUCGGCACGGCUCUCAAGACCAUCGACGUGCAGAAGAACUGGCUGUCCGGCACAUUCCCCGGCACUGGCUUCCUCUCCUGCUCUGCCUCCUCCAACUGCCUCGCCACCACAGGCACAUGCAACACCACAGGCACCACGCAGCGCCCAUUGGCUUCUUGCGCCGUCUGUGACUCUCCCACUGGGGCUGAUCCCAUCUGUGCCGGCGGCACCUGUGCUCCCAACACUGCCGCCCCUCUUGCCACCUCCACCACCCCCACCGCCUCGUCUCCCAUUCUGCCGCGCUUCUGCGUCGGCGUACCUUUGAACGCAGCGCAGGCGGCCAUUCUCCUCUCAGUCAAGACAGCUCUCGGGGUAACCUUCACCGAGUGGUCUGCCAGCACCAUUGCAGUAGCCCCCAAGGCCAGGACUCUUUUUAGCGACAUCAGCAACGGGUCAAAGGCGCUGAAUCGACGACGCUUGGCAGAGAGUGAAGCAGGCAGGGAGAGGGUGCUGCUGGUGGCUCCCCCUUCAGGGCAGCCGGGCCUGUGCACGAUUCAAGGGAAGACGCCCGUGCCUGGCUCCUGGCCGGGCGUGUUCUGCUCUUCUGCUGGCAUGGUCGUCGGCCUCUACCUGUCAUCCAACCUCUUCUUCCAGCGUCUCGACUCCUUUGUGGCUCCUAUCCUGCCCACGGCGUCUAUCAAGGACAUUGCCGUUGCUCCCACUCUCACGAUGACAUGUGCUGCAGUGCCCCUUGAUGCAAACUCUGUGGCGGCAAUGCUGAAGGUGGGGGCGGCUCUCGGGGUCAGAGACACGGACUGGCGCAACGGCAGCAAGUGCAACAUUGAGGGGCAGAGCGCCAACCCCAAGUCGUUUCCGGGCGUGUGGUGCAACGCCAACGGCACCGUCCUCAACAUUGCAUUAUCCCUUCCGUAUGGAUAUCACGGUCGUCUGCUGGGGCUUUACAUCAAUCCCUGUUAUGCUCUUCACUUUCAGCAUCUCGUCCCUCCUUACACCCGUUCUCUCUCUUCAUCUUCCUCUCCCACGCCCACUCGCAGCGAUCUGUCCUACAAUCUCUUCUCUGGUCAGCUCUCCAAGUUCGUCUCCAACAUGCUGCCGCUCACCACCAUGGCCACUCUGAACCUCAACUCCAACUAUCUCUACGACAGCAUUCCAUCGGCUCUGCGCACCUCCGGCUGUGCCUUCUGUGGUUCCGCCACGGGCGCCCCGCCUUUCUGUGCCGGCACCACCUGCACUCCCGAUGUCGCUGCUCGCCUUGCUGCCGGCACCGUCAACACACCUGCUGCUGCACUCCCAGCCAUGUUCUGCCAGGCCGUUGCUGUGGAUGAUAACUCUGCGCUGGUGCUGCUGGCACUGAGGGCGGGGCUGGGCGUGAGUGCGAGCAGCUGGGCGGUGGACUCGCCCUGCACGCUGGCGGGCAACGCACCCGCGGUGGACAGCUGGACGGGCGUCGACUGCGACCUCUCAGGCCAAGUCCUUAGCCUCAAUGUGCAAUUCAACUACCUCGUUGGUCCCAUCACCGGCACUCCCUCUGCCUCCCUCAAGUCCCUCAACGUCGCCUCCAACCUCCUCACAGGAAUCUUCCCAGCAUCUUCCACCACCGCAUGUGAUGCACGCAGCAACUGCCUAGCAGACUCCUCCAAGUGCCUUGCCUCGGGCUCCUCCUCCCAGAGGCUCGCGUCUGACUGCACCCUGUGCGGUGCUGGGAGUUCCGGUGCUGUGAUAUGCAAUGGAGGGGUGUGCGUGCCGGACACUACCGAGCCAAUGGCUGCCCUCACACCUAACGAUGCCUCGGCUACGUUGCUGCCCAUGCAGUGCUCGGGUGUUCGCAUUGACGCCACAGCAGGUGCGCCCCCAGUUUCCUCUUUCUGCUUUGCAGCCACCUCAUACUUUUGGGACACUUGA